AGGAUGUGACGUCUGCGCCUCCCUUUCCCGUUUCCUGUUCCGGGACGUCUAUCGGUGGUUUACUGUGUUUUUUUCCCCAUGGCUGGAGCCCGAGCGCUGGGCGAAAGUGGCGGUGGCGGGGCGGCGGCUGCCAUGGAUUAUUCCGUGCACGAAGCUUGGAAUGAAGCCACCAAUGUCUACCUGCUGGCCAUCUUGGCGAGCUUGGCCCUCCUGGUCUACGCGCGCAGAAAUAAAAGGAAGAUCAUGAGAAUUUUUACACUACCUCCAACUGUUGAAAUACCAUCUGAACCAAACUUUUAUGACAGUGUGAAAAAAGUUCGUUUACGACAGCAGUUAGAGAUGUAUUCUAUUGCAAGAAAAUAUGAGCUGCAGCAGCAACCACAGAAACAGACUGAUAGUGUACAACUUUUGGUGGAAUGAAGUCUUGAAUUUCUGAAGUCAAGAAACAGUGCUGUAGAUGACAGAGCAUUUGGGAUAAAGUAAUUGUAAUUUUGCUGGUAUAUAGUCUUUUAAAUUGCACAUAGUAUGUUUUGAUGACAGGCCCUACAUAAAUGUACACUGAAAGUCCUAUGAAACCUGAAUAACAGAUGGGGCUAAUACAUAUUGGUCUUGUUUUCCCUUUCGUAUUAUGAAUGAUUUUCAAUAAAAUCAAGACCUCUGAGGAGCACUGA